AUGGCUACAAAGACCUCAACCACACUUGCUUUAUUCCUUGUUAUCAAUCUUCUCUUCCUCAACCUCAUUAUCCCGGUUUACGCAGACAAUACUUGCCCAAGAGACGCUCUAAAAAUUUCGAUAUGUGCAAAUGUACUCAACCUCAUCAACUUGAAUCUUGGCGCACCGGCUAUGAGACCUUGUUGCUCAAUUCUCUUAGGUCUAAUCGAUCUCGAUGUUGCACUUUGCCUUUGCACCGCACUUAAGCUCAGCAUUCUCGGCAUCACCAUUAGCACUCCCAUUCACCUUAACUUGGCCAUCAACGCCUGUGGAAGAACCCUUCCCGAUGGCUUCCGUUGCCCAGCAUAA